CCCAUCUGGCAGUGUGUAAUGUAAUGUAUGUGUGUGUGUGUGUGUGUGUGUGUGAAAUUUUUUUUUUUGCCAUGAAAGCUUAUACUUGUAUAAAAGCCAUUUAACAAUUGUAAUGAUUUAACAAGGUGUGAACUAUUUGAAUUCAUCCCUUCUUACUAUAGUUCUUCAAUCAGGUCAUAGAAAACAAGGUAGGAGAAAAUGUAGUUUGGACAAAAUGGAUCUGAAAAACGUAGUAAAUACCCCCACUUCGGACAGCCUGCUGGAAAAGACGAAAUAUGGACGUAAAAACGCAUUCCAUGACGAAAGAACCCUUUUUUGAGGAAGGAAGGAAGGAAGUGAGGACGUAAGAAAGUGAGGACGUAAGGAGUUAUCGUAGAUGUUUAAAAAAAAAAAAUGUUUUCAUUUUGGAUAGAAAGUGUUUUCUUCACUCAGGAGCGUCUUCUUCACCUUGUGGAUUAAGCGUUGAUUGGAGACCAUCUACAUACUAGCUAACCUUCAGAGUACUGUCAUGGCUCGGUAUUUGAGGUAUUUCACCACAGUUGGUGAUGAGCAGCCUGGACAGUGGCAGGAUGAAGAACUGCACACCUUCUCUGAUGACCUGGAACCUGCUACAGAAACUUUAACCUUCAGAGAUUCCCUGAAAAGACUCUACACCUCUGACCGCUUCCAGGUGUUGGUGGUGUGUUUGGUUGUCUUGGAUGCCAUUUUUGUCCUGGCAGAACUUCUCAUAGAUUUGGCAAUUAUCCAAGUGGAACAUGGACACGUUGCACCUGAGGUGUUUCACUACCUGAGCCUGGCACUUCUCACGUUCUUCAUGGUGGAACUUGCUGGCAAGCUGUACGCGUAUCGCCUGGAGUUCUUCCAACACAAGUUUGAGGUGUUCGAUGCUUUGGUGGUGGUGCUGUCUUUUGUACUGGACAUAGUCUUCCUCUUCCAUGAUGAUGUCUUUGACGGAAUGGGCCUACUCAUCCUGCUGCGUCUCUGGAGGGUGGCUAGAAUCAUCAACGGGAUUCUCGUGUCGGUAAAAACCCGUGCAGACCAGAAGAUACACAAGCUGAAGGGGAGUUACGACCAUCUUGUCCAAAGAAUCACAGAACUCCAACAGCAAGUUGAUCAACUUCAACAAGACAACCAGAAGCUUCAAGCCCUCCUCAAGCGCCACGCAAUCGACUUCUGACUGCCAUUCUUCUCACAUGCGAUUCAUGUCCUUCAGCUUUCUCUACUAUUUUGUUCUAUCAAGCAGUAUUUCUCAAUCGUCUCUUUAAAAUUCCUAUUUUCAGUUGUCCAAUUAUUUUCCUGUACUUGCUUUAUGGUGUUAUUAGUUAUGUAAACAAACAAUACUACGUACCAUUUUGUUAACUCGUAACUCAGGGGGUGUACAAACCUUUUCCACGAAAGGAUGGGGGAAGCACUUUGCUACAUUUUGCACAUUCAGGCUAAAAGCAGUCCAAUGUAGGUCAAUGUAUGCUAAACUAUCUGAAAGCAUCCACAUCUUAGCUUUGUCUUGUCGCUGGCUGCUUGCUUGUUUUCCACAUUCAAGUGCUUGUGCUUUGAGUUGCCUUCACUUUUUAUAAAAUUACAUUGGUUGACCUUGUAUAGCACACGCACACACCGUUGCCAUGGCAACAUGGACCGAAUGCCACGAGGGUGUGCCUGCCCCCCGCCCCCGUGCUGGGGUCCCUCGGGUUUAAAAAGGUGAAAUAAACUUACAAAGAUGGUUAGUGAGUCACACAAAAGGGAAGAAGAAGUCGACGGGCAGCUUGGCGUUGAUGGUGGGCAUGGCUCUGUAACCAGGAAGAGCAGCAGCAGAAACUUCUGUGAAGGUCACCGAGCUCCUAAUGAACACAGCGUUUGCGCCUGUGCUCGGCAGAACCUGUGAGAAGCACCGGACACACAACACAUGGACGUGCACUCGCAUUUGGAAUAUGUGCCGACACAGCUUUCCCUAGGUUUACAGCUCCACGCGCACUCAUUUCAUUUGCUUUUCUAUAUAUGAGAUGAGAACACAAGUCAUUUAAUGAUACUUGCAUACAGAACAUGUCUGUACCUCGGUUAGCGUGUUUUUCAGUUAAUGUAAAAAAAAAAUGUACGGCAAAAUUUGGGAUUUACAUUGUUUCUUAUGGGAACAACGUAUUCGGCUCGAGUCAGACCUUCUGGACCGAUUGAAUGACUGCUCCCCAAACAUUCCACUGUACAUUGAUGUUCUAAAACUAACUAAAUAGUCUUUUUAUCUUAUUGACAUGUCAACAUGUCGUUUGUGUCUCUACAUGCUCAUGUUUACAAUUUAUCGUCUGCUCCCUGUAUCGUGUGUGGAGGGAUUAUUAAAUGACACGUCUUUAUUUUGACUUUGUGGAUUAUUUUGGAGUCUUUCUAUGAUAAAAGUUUGUGAACUGUAACUGUGGAGGAGCGACUGCAAUCCAGUCCAAGUGUUUGUAUCCGUAUAGUCAUUAUUUUGGUGCAAUGACCACAAUUCCCCUUAUUUUCCAGAAAAAAAGGUAUGUGGAGGAGUGAUCACAUUCCAGAUGCGCGUGUGUGCGCACGUGUAGCCCCGUCCAUAGAAGCUGUAAACCUAAGACAAACGCCGCUUUAUACUGAGUGUGUGUUCUCUGCUGUCUUGUGUCUCACUGAAAUAGCCUGCUUGUUAGCCAGUUAACUGAACGGUUACUCACCAGACUGCUGGUAUUAGUUUGGAUAACUUGUUUGACGCUCACAAUUUGAGCUUGGGGAUUCCACAAGCGUCCAUAUUUAGUCCACUCGAUCUGUAAGUCAAAUGACAACGGGAUACUGCAAGCCUGUGAAUCCUGCAAACGAAAACAUGAAAUAUAUAUAUCAAGUUUGUAUAGUUUUGUGUGUGUCUUUUAUAUACUGUACAGUUCUGUGGAAAGGUUUUGGGCCCCUAAGGGUGGACCAUUCGGACCCUGAUAGACUCUAUUCGAUUUCCCGCCCUCUCUUGACCCCCUCACACAGAAAUGGUUAAAAAUAAGUAUAACAUGGGAACUUAAAAAGUGUGUGCUUACCGUGGGAUGAUUGGUGUGCUGGAUGGGCACCCAGUCGAGGGAAUUGUCCAAUGGAGAGUUUCCGAACGCAGCAACAAAAUGGGAAUAGUUCUGCCCUUGCAGGACAUCAAGGAUGAUUUGGGAAACAAGGGAGCAGUUGGUUACAUCCUUCAGUCUGCAGAAGAGCACACAUCCAAUAACACACCGAGCAUGUGCUGUAUAUAUCUUUAUGCCGCAAUAUCCUGCCUCAAUGUGCAGCCAGAAGUUAAUGCCACGCCAAACAGGACGGGAGAGCGCUGCUGUGGACCGCUCAUACAAUCGUGGUUUGCGGAACUCUGGUGAAUAGACAGCGUGUCUCCAAGGUGUCUCACAAUUCCUGUAGGGGCAGCUGUUAAGAACAACACACUGUUUUUACCUACAACGGUAACACUGCUCGUGCAUGGGAAGGAUAUUCAGAAGUUGCUCGGGCAGACAAAAGCGGACGUCCCACCACAUAACCUGGAUGUCCACUGUUCUGCACCGGCACACUCUCAUUCUUCUCCUAUUGGAAGACACAAGACAGCAGGCAACUGGUAUUACCACAUGAACUAUAGAAUCAUCUCACCUCCACAGAUGUCGUACUUUUGUUUGGACAAAUAUAACAAUGACCACAAAAAUAGCUCGUAAGAGUUACAUUUUUGCCAGUACAAUGCUAUAACUUUUCA